CGGCGCUAUCCUAUCGCUGUGCGCUGAUCGCUCCGCCCCCGCAGGUCCAUCGGGAACCGGAAGUGUCGGCGUAGUUGUUCUCCUGGUGUCUAUGCGACGCUUUGGGUCUCUCCAACCGCUUUGUCCGGGGGUGGCUGGCGGCUGGCGCGUGACUGGGCGGUGGGGGAGGGAAGGGGAGGGAGAAGGAGGAGGAGAACUCAAAGCAAAGCGAGCGGUUCGUCGCUCAGCGGCUCUUCACGGCUGAGGGGAAAGACGGGCUGGUGGGGUUCCCGGUUUGCUCUCCGGCGUCGAGGAGCAAAGCGGGGGGCCUCCUUCCCUAGCCUGGGACGCAUCCGAGAGGGAGUCGAAGCGAGCGGCGAAGAGAUGGAUUGAGAAUGGAGACUGAUUGCAAUCCCAUGGACCUGUCCAACAACACAGGGGUGGAAGAUAUUUCUGAACUCAAGGAUUUUGAAGGAACUGAAGUGAAGGACAUGAGAGUAGAAGCAGAAGCUGUUGUAAAUGAUGUUUUGUUUGCUGUAAGCAACAUGUUUGUCUCAAAAAGCCUUUCAUGUGCAGAAGAUGUGGCAUACAUCAAUGUGGAAACCAGGGAAAGGAACAGAUAUUGCCUAGAGCUCACAGAAGCAGGACUUAGGGUGGUCGGUUAUGCUUUUGACCAAGUGGAUGAUGGUGUACAAAAUCCCUACCAUGAGACUGUCUAUUCCUUAUUGGACUCGGUUAGCCCAGCAUAUCGAGAAGCUUUUGGAAAUGCUCUGCUACAAAGAUUAGAAGCUUUGAAAAGGGAUGGGGAGUCAUGAUUGAAUCUACAACUAAAAAUAGGCUUCAGCAAAAGGUUGCUGCUGGUCAGAGUUCUGGACUCUGUCCUGGUGGCAAAGGGAGUAAUUUUCUGAACUUGCAUUCUUUGCUUUCAAAAUUCCUUCCUUCAAAACUUGCAGUUACACCAACUUGUGAGCUAUAUAGAUACUUUUCUGAGUAAAAUAACCAAUUGGUUUUAGAUAACUUAGUGAAAUACGGUUCUUGAUCUUCGUUAAGCUUCCUUCAAUACAUAUUUGACUGAAAAUUCUGUAGUUUUGUCUGCUGUAAAGUGAUAUUAACCCAGUGCUUAAUUUAGCAAUCUACAAUUGCUUAACUUUAGCAAUACUAUAAUUGGUAUUAAAUUCUAACAACUGUUCAGAAAUUACACAUUGACUGACCUCCAGACUAAUUCUUGACUGAUACACCACAGUUUCUGUUGUGGGUGCGUGCACAAUUCUUGAUGAUCUGUCUUUCCUUCUGCUGUCACUUGUGUUUUCCAAAAUUGUCCCAAGGGAUUAGGGAGCCUUUGGGAAGAUAAUUUCAGGAGGCAUAGAUAGAUGUAGAAGGAAAGGGAGAGAAAUGAAAAUUGCCCCUCGUAGUGGAAAAAUCUGGAGCAUUGGCAGAGGGUUACUCUGAAUGUUAGCCACAAAUGAAUUUUACUAUGUGGGUCAAAACCAAAUAUUGGAGUUUUUACCAUAGCCAAGCUUAACAAAAUAGGUUUUAUUUCAUUAAAUAAAUUUGUUCAGUUCAGUUUCUUGUGUGGGGAUCUAGAAAGUUUCUAGUUCAUUCACUAGAAAAGUAUCAUGAGAUUACAUAUUAAAUAAAAUAGCUUGCUUAAGAUACAAUCCACAAAUCUGCCAUGCCCAGUACAUGUCGGUGACUGAACAGGAAGGUUCAGCAUUUGGUUUGCCCUGUGGAUAGCAGCUUCACAUACUAAACAAAAGAUGAACUGUUGGCAUAAUGAAUGUAUUCAUCAGCUGAAAUGCAAAUUAGAUAAGCACAGAGAUGAGGAAGCAAAAGGCUAUAUUCUUCAUAAAGACCCAUCCUGCAUUGCGUUUACUAAAAUAGUGUUAAUUUGUGUAAAAAGACUAUAUACUAUUGCUUUGGAAAUUUACAUGAUGUAUAGUAUAUGUAAAAGUAUUUUUGAUUCCUUAUUUGCUAUACUGCAGUUCUCAAGUAUUUCUGUAAUGCCUCCUUAUUCCUCCAAACACUUUAGUAACCAUGUUGUGCCCUCUUCUAAUCAGUAUACAACAUAUUAGUGCAUUGUAUUGGUUCAAAACCAAAGGCUGAAAUUGUUGGUUUGAAUUGGGAGAAAAAUAGGUGUCUUAAGAAUCAACUUUGUUAUCUUCUAGUGCUGAUGUAAUAUUUUAAUCUAUUCAAAGCUAUAGAUGAACUGUAGAAGUAUGUAAUGAUAGACUUUGCUAGAUACUUAUAUUAACAUCUAAUUUUUUGAGUAAGUGAACUUCUACAAUCUCUAGAUCAGGCAUCUCCAAACUGCAGCCCUCCAGAUGUUGCUGAACUACAACUCCCAGCAUCCCUAGACACAAUUUUGUGUGGCUGGGUAUGCUGGAAGUUGUAGUUCAGCAACAUCUGGAGGGCCACAGUUUGGGGAUGCCUGCUCUAGAUCCUUGAUGGGUGUAAAUAUACAUGUUGCACUCUACUUAAGUGAUGCUGUCUUACCUUAGCCAAGAAUCUGGCCCAAUAAUUGAGGGACUGCUUAGCUUGGCUGAAACAUUUAUUACAGCUUUGUGUUAGUUCAACUUAUAGUUAUGACAUAACUAGUACAACCUUCAGUUUUGAAAUAAUCAAUGUUCUCUUAACCUUUUAAAAAGCCAACAUAUCUUGCUUUCCCCUUCAAUCCCUAUGUUUAGAGUAUUUUGUGUUAAAAUGUAUAUUUUAUGUUCUAAGAAAAUUGAGUAGAUGCUCUCCUGCAUUCCAGAUAUGUGGCAUGUGCAUUAGACCUCCAUGAGGAAAAUGUACUUUGCCCAGUCUUCUCAGUACUAUCUUCUGAAUAAUGCACCCAAGUUUAGAGACUAUACAUUUAAAUAAAAGAACAAACUAUC